AAGUCACUCAAUUUGACUCAUUUAUCUUUCUCUCACUCACUCGCAUCACAUUCACACCAACAACUGAUUGAACCCUAAACACAAACAGAGACACACACACACACACACACACAAACAGUGUAUGAUAUCGAUUGUUCUCAGGUUAUGGCUUCCGACAGCGCUUCAAGGUCGAGUUCUGCGGCUGAUUCCUACAUUGGGUGUUUGAUCAGUUUAACCUCAAAGAGUGAGAUCAGAUACGAAGGCAUUCUCUACAACAUCAACACCGACGAGUCCAGUAUUGGCCUCAGAAACGUGCGAUCUUUUGGAACUGAAGGAAGGAAAAAGGAUGGUCCACAAAUUCCUCCAGGUGACAAGGUGUAUGAAUAUAUACUGUUCCGUGGGACUGACAUCAAGGAUUUACAGGUUAAAUCUUCUCCACCUGUCCAGCCCAUUCCACCAAUUAACACUGACCCAGCUAUCAUUCAGUCUCAGUAUCCUCGCCCUGUCACUACAUCUGCAAGUUUACCAGCUGUAAGUGGGUCUUUGACUGAUCUUAGUUCUCAUGCCCCUCAGCUUGGACAUCCUGGGUCUAAUUUUCAAGGCCCUGUGCCUUUAUAUCAACCUGGAGGGAACAUGGGAUCUUGGGGAGCUUCUUCACCUGCCCCAAAUGCAAAUGGUGCUGGUCUUGCUAUGCCAAUGUAUUGGCAAGGAUAUUAUGGUGCUCCAAAUGGGCUUCCUCAUUUGCACCAGCAAUCUUUGCUGCGACCACCACCUGGCUUAUCAAUGCCUUCAUCUAUGCAGCAGCCAAUGCAGUUUCCCAAUUUUAGUCCCUCUUUACCAACUGGACCUUCAAAUUUGCCAGAGUUCCCAUCAGCUUUACUUCCUGUGGUUACUAGUUCUGCUAGUCUAACGUCAACUUCUAUGCCCCCAUCAAAUCUUUCAUCAACUUUACCUCCAGCACCUUCUGCCACACUAGCUCCUGAAACUUUGCAAGUAUCAGUUCCAAACAUGGCAUCAACUGGUUCACUUCCGGUAGUCACACUAGAUACUAAUUUACCAUCACUAACUCCUUAUACCACUAGUGGGUCAGAUAUCAGUGCUGUAGCGCCUCUGGUCAACAAACCUAAUGUAAUUUCAGGUUCAAGCUUGCCAUUCCAAACACUAUCGCAGAUGACUCCUGCAAUUGUUGGAUCUUCUAAUGCUAUCCGUGCAGAAACACCAGUCCUUUCUCUGAUAACCCCAGGUCAAUUAUUGCAAUCUGGACCCACUGUAGUAUCUACAUCUCAGCCUUCACAAACACCUCAUAAGGAUGUUGAAGUGGUUCAGGUAUCAUCAACAUCACCUCCAGAACCAUCUGUGCCGGUUUCUUCAGAAACUCAGCCACCAAUAUUGCCAUUGCCAGUAACUUCACGGCCUAGCUACAAGCCUGGGGGAGCUUCUGUCCAAACUCAUCUUGGCUACGGUUAUAGGGGACGUGGAAGAGGAAGAGGACCUGGGGGUUUCCGUCCAGUUGAAAAAUUCACUGAAGACUUUGACUUCACGGCUAUGAAUGAGAAGUUCAAAAAGGAUGAAGUAUGGGGUCAUCUAGGUAAAAGCAAUAAGUCUCAUUCAAAAGAGAAAGAGGUGGAAGAAAAUGUCAGUGAUGAAGAUGACAAUCAAGAUGAAGACAAUGGUCAUGUAUCAAAAUCGGAGUUGAAGCCUGUUUAUAACAAGGAUGAUUUUUUCGACUCUCUCUCUUGCAACGCACUUGAUCAUGAUUCACAACAUGGAAGGAUUAGAUAUUCUGAGCAAAUUAAGAUCGAUACUGAGACUUUUGGUGAUUUUACAAGGCACCGAGGUGGGUGGGGUGGCCGUGGUCCAUGGCGUGGUGGACGUUCUCGAGGUGGCUAUUAUGGAAGGGGGGGAUAUGCCUAUGGGGGAAGGGGAGGAAGGGGAUGAGACAUGCCCAACCGUACUUGGACGGCGGCGGUGGCAGUUAGUGUUUGGUUAAAGUCGAGGUCGUGGGGGAUCAAACCAAGCUAGCAGUGUUUGGUUAAAGUCGUGGUGGUGGGGAAACAAAAGCCAAGCCACCCACCCACUAAAGCAGCGUUUCUUGAGGCUAUGCCUCAAUAUUGUGUUUUUAUCUAUUUCUAUUUGGCCAUAGAAUAAGUAGGACAGUUUUUCUUGUCAUAUUGCUGCCUAAAGAACCUGGUCUGGUGGCUAGAUUUUAUUUUAGUUGAUAAUAUGAGGAAGGCAGAAGUUUAGACUAGUUUCUUGUUAUAUAUUGUUUAUGUAUGUAACCUAGCUGCAAGUGGUCCAUUUUAGUGUCGGGUUAAUACUAUUUUGGCGUUGUACAUGCAAGUUACAGUUUUUGUUAUGCAAGUUGGUCCUAUCUAUAUAUGAGCUACAGCUGGAGGAAUUAAACCAUGCAGUUACAGCACUAAAAUCAUAUUAUAUUAGCGAGCACAGCUACAGCUGGAGGGCUUU